UCAUUAUAUCAUUUCUAUAUAGGAAUACAUAUUUACAAAAUGUACAAGAUGUGCUCAAUCAGCCAAAAUCAAACAAACAAACAAUGAGAAGACCAAUCAAAUAAGAUUGUUCACACAAAAAUAUCUCUUGUGUUUGUAUGACAAACAUUGGGGGCAGAGGAAUGGUGGACGUUGGAGUGAAUGCUGGUGAUUUCAGGGAUUAUGCUGGUUGGUUACAUCAUCAGUGCGUCUAAGCCAUCUAAAAACCCCGACUACAUAUUCUCCUCUGCAAAACCCCCUUGUCAUGGCCAAACCUAAACCUAUUACAGGAAGGUCAGUACAUUCUUCUUUACACCGAACUCAUCUGUCCGGCCCAUCACAUCAAAUUAGUCAUUGAUACCUUGAAAUUAGGGUAGUAUAAUAUUUACAGCAUCAAAAAUAAACAAAGAACUACAAAACCAAACAUGCAUGAUGUGUCUCGACCAGUCCAGCAGUCAUACAAUAUAAUGACACAGAUACAAUGUUUUUUUGAAAUAAUGAAACAUGCCAUUGACUUAUGAAGGAGUCAAACUUAAACCUUAAAGGUGUGCCAAAGGAUUUCUGGAAGAUUUGUCAAAAAAGAGACAAAAAGUAUCCUGUUGUGUUGAAGUGCCAAAAUAGUGGUCUCAUUCAGUAAUGCAGGUGGUAUGUUUGUGAAACAUGACACACAAUUACCUUUUAAUAUUUCAGUUUUCUAUAUGUAUUAUAUACAGGUUCUCUUUACCUUAAUCAGCCCUAAUAGUCCCUAAGUGAGUGCUGUCUUAUAGCUACUGCUUAGUGAUGGAUACUGUAUGGAAUAAGGAAUAAACAGAAGUGAACUGGGUUUUAUUCUUAAGUACACUGGAAAUAUUGAGCAAGUGCACAAAUCAUUUCUCCAAAAAAGGUCAAACUAAAUCUACAUGAUCAUAUAUUUAUUUUACUGAAGCAAUGUCUUUCAAGAGGUGUUGAGGUUUAUGUGUGUACAUGAGUAAGUAUAAUCAAUAGUGAACAAAAAAAGUUGGUUACUGCCUUCAAUUAUUCUUUUGACAACCACUCUUCAGGUUUCACAAUUCUUUUUUUCUUCAGUUUUCUAGAAAGUCCUGUCCUUGGAAGUGUGCUUGUGUGUGUUCUGUACUGUAGGUUUUUCUGGAAAACAGUUUGCAUAUGAUCUCUGUGAACUUCGGCCUGCUUAAGAGUCAAUGCGAAAGGCCAACAGUUUGUCGGAGUGCAGAUUGUUGAGGGUGCGCAGGUCUGGCAAGCGCAGGAGAAGUUUGGGGAAGAGGGUGUUCUCAUCUGGGCGACGGCGAGUGAUCAGUGACCGUAGGGCACGGAUCAGACCCUCCUGAAGCUGCUCCACAGCCUGCAUGUCCAAGAUGCCAGAACGAUCUAUGGAGCACAGAGACACCAGCACCACAGCCAUAAAGAGGGCCAUUUCAUCAGGCUCUAGCCCCAGGGAGCCCAACUUCUCACUGAAGUCAAACAUGGCAUCCAGCAGAGUGCCCAUGCCUAAAGCAUGCAGGGUGGACAGUGGACCGAGUGCUGUAGUCCUUCCUUCCGUCACUAGGGGGAGACACCGUGCCAGCAAUCUCCCCGCACGGUAGCACUCAUUGACGCCCCUGAACUGCUGCCGGGACACACUGACGGAUUGGCAACAAAUGAAGCUCCGCUCAUCAGACCGCUCCGGUAGCAGCUUCAUCUGUCCAUCUGCCUCAUCAACACCAGAGGGGAAAACCAAAUUGGAUGACCCUUCUAAAGGAGAGACACUUAAACCAGAGGCCUCAUCAUCACUCUUCCAUUCCCCAAGUCCUGAGAGUCUACUGAAGGACACAGAUUUCAGCUUUUUCUGGGAUUUCCAGUUGUUGUGAAAACUGUUACUUUCACCCAGCGGCCUGCUGCGGACCCCUGGGUGUGCUCUGUCGCCAUGGCUACCAACAGGGAACAGCAGGUGGGUCACAUGACUGGCUUCCCACCUGCUGUGUACCCCUUCGCCUUCAACUCCAUGAGGAGCCACUCGCCUUUCGACCUGCUGGCCAACAGCAGCCUGUUUGGGAGAUUCGGUGCUGACCUGCCUAAAGAGAUGGCCGCUCUCUCGGUGGAGACCCAAAGCACCAGCUCAGAGGAGAUGGUACCCAGUUCUCCAUCUCCACCUCCCCCACCUCGUGUCUACAAGCCCUGCUUUGUGUGCCAGGACAAGUCCUCGGGGUACCACUAUGGGGUCAGCUCCUGUGAGGGCUGCAAGGGUUUCUUUCGCCGCAGUAUCCAGAAGAACAUGGUGUACACCUGCCACCGAGACAAGAACUGUCAAAUUAACAAGGUCACACGCAACCGCUGCCAAUACUGCAGGCUGCAGAAGUGCUUUGAGGUCGGCAUGUCCAAGGAAGCGGUGCGUAAUGACAGAAACAAGAAGAAGAAGGAUGUGAAGGAGGAGCUGGUGCUUCCAGAGAGCUAUGAGCUAAGUGGAGAACUAGAGGAGUUGGUCAAUAAAGUCAGCAAAGCUCACCAAGAAACCUUCCCGUCACUUUGCCAAUUGGGCAAAUACACCACCAACUCUAGUUCAGACACCCGUGUCCAGCUGGAUCUGGGUUUAUGGGACAAGUUCAGUGAGCUCUCCACCAAAUGCAUCAUCAAGAUUGUGGAAUUCGCCAAACGUCUGCCGGGUUUCACCACCCUCACCAUCGCUGACCAGAUCACUCUACUAAAGUCAGCCUGCCUGGACAUAUUGAUGCUGAGAAUCUGCACACGCUACACCCCAGAACAGGACACUAUGACCUUCUCAGAUGGCCUGACUCUGAACCGGACCCAGAUGCACAACGCUGGCUUCGGACCUCUCACAGACCUGGUGUUUGCCUUCGCUGGCCAGCUUCUACCCCUGGAGAUGGACGACACAGAGACCGGUCUCCUCAGCGCCAUCUGCCUCAUCUGUGGCGACCGUAUGGAUCUAGAGGAGCCGCAGAAAGUAGAUAAGCUGCAAGAGCCUCUACUUGAAGCUCUGAAGAUCUACGCCCGCCGCCGUCGCCCCAACAAGCCUCACAUGUUCCCCCGCAUGCUGAUGAAGAUCACCGACCUCAGGGGCAUCAGCACUAAGGGUGCAGAGAGAGCCAUCACUCUGAAGAUGGAGAUCCCAGGGCCAAUGCCUCCUUUGAUCAGGGAGAUGCUCGAGAACCCAGAGGCAUUUGAAGACCAAACAGAGGGCAAAGAGAGCCCGCCCCCACCUCCUCCGCCGCCACCACCUCCACCGCCAGCCCAGGUAAAGCAAGAGGUGGAGGAUGAGGAUGACAGCUGGGCCACAGAGAACGGCAGCGAGCCAUCGCCGGAGGAGGAAGACGAAGACAAUGACGAUGACGGGGGGGAUGAAGAUCGAGACAGGGGCUCGGACAGUGAUGGGGAGCCCUGGGGGGUUUUGGAGGCCAUAGAUGGGGCGAGGAAAGGCCUUGUUGGGAGGGCGCAGUGAACCAAGCAUUUCAUACAUAUACACACACUCAUGCACAUACAGUACAGGUUAUACACAAACAUACAUAGAGACAUACAACACAACCUCACCUACUCUCCCACCUCAACAAAAUGCUGGCCCUCCCUCCCCCCUUUGUCUCUCCCUACUGCACAUCACUGUGUCCCCCUCAGCGGAGCACAGCAGAGCCUUAUGUGUACAGACACUUCUAACUCAGGCCUCAUGGUCCAUGACAAGUGAACUACAGAAAAUAAAGGAAAGGAGAGAUGACAGUAAACCAUAUAAACUCCUGGCCAAGAGGGAAGUGAACGUGACAAUAAGAACAGAAUCUCUUUGAGAAAGCUUAACGUCGUUUUUUUCCCACUAUUGAUGUUUGUAUCUGAAUAGGGGAACGGCCAAACCAGACACCAGAACUGAGCAGUUGAUUCCAAUGGAUUACAACAAGCACAUUUCUCAAAAGACAACAAGAGUACAGGGCAAAACCAAAUCGAGUAUGCUAAUCUUUGUUUUUGUGGUUAUUGCUUUUGAAUAUUGUUUUCGGUUUUACUUUUCUUAUUUGUGUCAAUUUAUGAAUAAGUCCAUACAUAUCUAUAUACCAUUAUAUUUUUGCCUUUAUUUGUUAUUCGGUUUUUUAUAUAUGAAUCCUUUUAGACAUGUUUUUCUUUGAAGAGCUUUCCUGAGAAGAUAUUCCGAAGGAAAGAAGGGUAAUCAGAACUGGCUGGGUCUUCCUCAUCAGCUACAUAUGCUUAGCUGGGGUUUUAUUGGGCACUUUGGCUCACUGUGGAUGUCAAUGAUAAUCAACCCAGAGGACUAUUGUUAUGUUGCAGUGACUUAAUCAGUUUCUGUUAUCAGGGAAUUGGCAUUAUUCUAUUUAGCUCUCAUUGUAGCCGACUCGUGCUGUCAAUGCGGAAAGUAAGUAUCUUUGUGCCAAAGUUAGGAAAAGUCAUCUUUGAGGCAUGAGUUUGACUACUGGCAAGGACUCCAGCCUUGAUCCAGCAAUUCUCACAGCAGCUCGCUCAUUCAAACAUGCACUAACACACCCUGAUAUCACGCACACAUAAGCAUACACACACUCCGUUGGCUCUACCCUCAGCUGUAGCAGAUGCGCCAACCUGGCAUCACCAGAGGUUUACAUUAGACCGUAUAUGUAGCACUUUUGUGAGCCUGAAUUCAAUGAAAGGCACAUCCUGUCCACUGAGGGUGAACUGUCUGUAAACUUACAAUAUUUCCAUUAACAUGUCCCAACUGAUGAUAACAUCAACAAACCGAAUACAAUCAAACUUAAGAGCACUCCCGAUGAUGUCAAUAGAAGAAUGCACACUUACAGCACGGAGAAAACCAUCCAGUAGCAACAUCAUGCAUCGACACAACGAUCAAAGACAUAUGCAAGAAAAAAAAGCAGGAAUCUUUAUGGAAGACAUUUUGGAAUCAGACUCAGGGCUUUUCAGUAAGGACCAAACCCUAGCUGCUUUCAGCACGCUAGAAAAAGGCAAUAUUUAUGUGUGUAUUCUUGACUCUGUUAUGAUCAGCUCAACCCCUCUGCGUGUACAUAGAAGGUGAGAAGUCUGAGAAACAGCAUGGAUGCCAGCGUGAUUCACCCAGAGGGGGACAAAUCAUCAUGGUCAUCAUCACUGCCCGCCUGUGCUCACGCUGGCUUCCAUGCAAACGAACAGCCUUCUCAUCCCAAAAGCCAUUAUAUCAUCUUGUCUUCUUGUGUAUAUCCUCGCCUCUUUUUAAAGAAGCUGUGGAGGAUUAUGAAUUCUUAUGUGUCCUUUCUUAAUUGCCAAAAUGUCUCAAUAGGCGAUCAGCUGUGGGAACUCGGCUGCUUUACAGCGCAGAGGGUUUUUUCUGUCUCUCUUUGAAGCAAUAUGAACAUUCUUUCUGCAGCGAUGAACAGUCCCAUUUUCUGAAUAUGGGCAGGUCUCCUCAGUGUGUGUGGGGGGGAGGGGUGUGUGUGUGUGCGCGUGUGUGCGCGUGCGUGAGUGAGUGCGCAUGAGUGUGUGUGAAUGCUUUAACAUGUUUUGAGUCCUUGUGUGUGAGUGUCCUCAGCACGGUGCUGUCCCACAGAAACUCUUUUGUGAUGACCUCAUCCCUUCUUCUUUCUCUCUCUCUCUCUCUCUCUCUCUCUCUCUCUCUCUCUCUCUCUCUCUCUCUCUCUCUCUCUCUGCUAACCUGUCAUGAUGUCAAUGAUGGUAAUUCAGGCAGAACAUUGAGAUUAUGUUGUUUCAUGUUUUUUGUUUUUCAACAUGGCCAAGGUUUUGUUUAUGUCAACUCUUGUCAUACAAAGAAAAGCCAUAUAAACAGUAAGAGGCACAAUAAACUACUUUUGCGAGAUUA